CCAGCUCACUUCAAUCAUCAACAAUCAAAGCAUCCAACUCAUCUCCUCUCCAUUCAAUCAAACUCCUUCGAAAAUCCCCUUUCACUCAACCCAAAAAUAACCACCAACAUGUUCGCCAAAUCCUUCACUGUUGCCCUCGUCACCAUCACCGGGCUUCUCCUGCCCGCCGCAGUCUUCGCGUCCCCAGCAGCAGAUGCCGACGCACUCCUCGACGCUCGCGGUCGAACCAACGGCCAAUGCCGCUUCGACGACGACGGCGGCUGUGGCGGCAGAGGCUUCUGCCACCUGGUUACGGGCGAGGCCCACUGCUGCGGGACCCAGGGCUGGCAGAAGUGCUCCGGCCACAACAACCACUGCGAUGCGGGCGGCGCCAGGCUUUUGGUCAACUGUGACUAAGUACUCAGGUGGAGAGAGAGAGAUGUGCAGGAAGUUCUGGGAUAGGUACUAUGGAGUCUAUCCUUAUUGGGUAGUCUAGGGCAUGGGA